AUCAUAUUCGAUAAUCCCCCCAAAAAUGCCAUUCUAAAAAAGAGUCCCAAAAAGUGUCAUAAAUGAUGGGCAGUUCAUCAUGAAUGGGUUCUGGUUCUGGAGAGGGAGGGCGCGUCAUCGAGACCUGCCCGGAAAAGUGGGUGUUUUGGGAUACUCAUACUACUAGCUCGAUGCAGCUACUAGAUUAUUUUUAUCCGCAGAACAUUUUCUUCAUUUAUUGCAUUUCAGAAAGCAGCAGUCAAAAGGAUACAUAUUUUAAGACAGCGUUGUAGGAACAGCUAGCUAGACCACCAGACGCCGACGUUGGUUCAAAGCUCCAGAGGAAGAUAGAAGUGUGCCCGCUAAGAUGGGUUUCCGCAAGAAGAACAAGAGCCCACCGGUUCUGAGCCAUGAGUUUGUGAUCCAGAACCACGCCGACAUGGUUUCUUGCUUGGCCAUGGUCAUCCUGCUUGGUCUGAUGUUUGAGGUGACAGCCAAGUUUGCGAUCAUGUUCAUUACGGUCCAGUAUAAUGUUACACAAGUUCUAGAGGGAAAGAAGGAGCCAGUGAACUUUUACCAGUAUGGCCCCAAAGAUGCAGCUACAGUUGUCUUUUACCUGCUCAUUGCAGUCAUACUGCAUGCCUUGAUACAAGAAUAUAUUCUCGACAAAAUGAACCGGAGGUUACACCUCUCAAAGACCAAGCACAGCAAGUUUAAUGAAUCUGGACAGCUGGCUGCCUUCUACCUGUUCUCCUUCGCGUGGGGCUGCAGCAUCCUGACGGCAGCGGAGUUUGCCACAAAUCCCACAUUCUUGUGGGAAGGUUACCCACACACCCACAUGGGCUUUCAGGUGAAGUUCUUCUACAUUUGCCAAAUUGCCUAUUGGCUACACGCACUUCCUGAACUAUACUUUCAAAAAGUACGAAAGGAGGACAUCCCUCGCCAACUCUACUACAUUUGCCUUUAUGUUGUCCACAUCACUGGUGCCUAUGUCUUAAACCUCCAUCGACUGGGCCUGGUGCUGCUGGUGCCUCACUACCUGGUGGAGCUCCUGUUCCACGCCUCGCGUCUCUUCUACUUCAGUGACGAGAACAAGCAGAAGGGAUUCACCUUAUGGGCGCUGCUGUUCGUGAUUGCCCGUCUGCUCACCCUCACAGUCUCGGUUCUGACGUUUGGAUUUGGGCUCCCCCGCACGGACAACCAGGGCUUCUCUCUGGCUGAAGGGAACUUCAAUGUGCUCACCAUCAGGAUGAGCUGCCUGGCUGCUAUCUGCCUCACACAGGCCUGGAUGAUGUGGAAAUUUAUAAACUUUCAGCUGAAAAAGUGGAGGGAGCACAGUCAGAACCAGGGGUCCAAGAAGAAGACAACCAGUCCCAAGAGCAAGCCUUACAAGAGGGAGCCCGCGAGGGGUGGCGCUACUAACGGCAUCGUGAAGUCAGACGACAGGACAUCACCGCGGGCCAGAAAAGCCAAAGCGUCAUAGGGAGACAGAGGAGCGGUGGUUGUGUGGUAUUCUGCUUGCUCUCGAAGGGCAGGUCCAUGAUGAUGCCUAGGGAGCAUACAGAGCAAUGGUUUCUGGCCUGUUCUGUGGAGUGUCUUCUUUCCACAGUCUAUGGGCUCACUGUCCAUUGGAUUGCCUCCCUCUGGAGCUCCACAUACACUCACAGAAUCACAGCACCACCAUGCAGUCUGAGGGCGUUUUCACUUCACACAGUCCUCAUCCAACAAACCAAACCAGUCAUCUUAAAGUAGAACAACAGAAAAGAAGACUCUGUUUUUUAGAGUUCACAUUUUCAGGUAAUUUCGAAGAGGACUCUGAUGAUUUCACUAUCCUCUUUCUGUUCAGACAAGAGUUCCACUGAAGCUUCAACCUUUACUUUUAUUAUGGGUGGUUCACUUGGGACAAGAUGGCUGCAGCUAGACUUGUCUUCCUGUGGUAUUUGGUUAAAUAGGCCGACAGAGAUAGGGUUUGAGAACUACUCCUUUGCUUUGGAAGCCCUUCCUUUUGGAGGAUUUGGAUGAUGGAUGUAUACAGGGGAGGGUAUUUGGGUACAUACCACUGUUUCAAUCAAUUCAUGUGGUAGACCUGACGGGCCUUGUGACAGCCAGGUGGCCGGACCUUGAAGUUCAGCAGAGCCAUUUCCACCUUUCUAAUUCUUCAUACUGAUAAGCCAGGAGUUUACACUCACUCUCGGGUAUGAGCCCCAUCACCUUAGCGCUGUCUACAUUUCAGUCACACAAAUCCUCUCUUGUUUUGACACAUUCCCCAUCCAUCAGGCUCUGGAAGAGACUGCUCUUGACAGCAGAUGAGGCCGUUGGUCUCUGGGGAGCAUAAGACACAGACAGAGGAAAUUCUCAGAGCCUUCCACUUUGCCAGAUGAGAUUUAUCCAUGAUCAUAUUCAACCAUGUGGGCAUUCACGAUUUAGAAUAAUAUCUUCCCAUGUGUUCGUCUGUUUCAAUCAUUCGCUUCAGUGUUUGGUUGAACCUUUCUACCAGUCCAUUGUUUAUGGGGGGUGAUUGACGGCAGUUUGUAGUUUUUUUUUACCCUCAGCCUCUUGAAUAUUUUGCGUAAAACUCGGGACCUGAAACAGGACACUUGGUCGGUGAGAAUCUCCUUUGCCCGGCCCCCCCGGCUAAAAAGGAGGAGGACCUCGGACCACGGGGGAGCAAGUGGGGGUCUGCCACAACAGCCACAGUUGGGUUUUAUUUAGACCACAUGAUUCUUCUUCAAGUGUCCUUACCAUAUCAGUGCUCCACAACACAAGUUAAAUGAAAUAAGAGAAUUGUAUUUAAUUUCCCUUCUCAUAUGGACUUUUUAUUUGUAUUUUGUGUAUCAGGGGAAAAGUUAACUUUAUGUUGUGUGUGUGUGUGUGUGUGUGUG